AUGAAAUUAGUUGGACUGAUUUCCGGGGGGAAAGAUAGUAUUUUUAAUUUAUUAUGCUGUAAAUCUUUUGGGCUUGAAAUUUCUGCUUUGGCAAAUUUAUCACCUCCUGAUAAUAUGGUUGAAAUCGAUAGUUAUAUGUAUCAAAGCAUAGGAAAAGAAUUGAUUCCACUCAUUUCAGAGUGUAUGGAAGUCCCAUUGGUUCGUAGAAAUAUCUCAGGGAAGGCAAUUAACCAGGAAAUUAACUACACAACUACUCAAGGAGAUGAGGUAGAAGACUUAUUUAUGCUUCUAAAAAAUGUGAAGGAAAGCUUCCCAGAUAUUCAAGGAGUAAGUUGCGGAGCAGUAAUGUCAAAUUACCAAAGGAACCGACUUGAAGAAGUAUGCCAUCGACUAAAAUUACAAUGUUAUUGCUUUAUGUGGAUGAUACCAGAACAUGCAUUAUUAAAUUCUAUAGUAGAAGGUGGGCUGAGAAGUAUGAUAGUGAAAGUUGCGUCAUUUGGAUUAAAUGAGAGUUUUUUGGGUAGGAUGGUUUCUGAAUGUCUGGGUGAUUUUGAAUAUAUUCAAAGUAAAAUAUGUAGUGAUUUUCAUUGUUGUGGUGAAGGAGGUGAAUAUGAAUCACUAACUUUAGAUGGCCCGAACCACUUGUUCAAGAACAAUUACAUUUCAAUUUCUAAUUUUAAAAGCAUUUGUUUAGACUCAAAUCCUUAUGCUCCAGUUUAUGUUUUGAAACCAACGGAAUACAAAUUGAUAAGAAAGGAGAAAUGCAAUGAUGAAGAAAUCAAAACAGUUUUGCCAUUUUUUGACCCAAAUUACAGUUUGUUUUACUAUCUCUAUGAUACAGGGAGAUACAAAUUAAAUUACUUUGGAUCUAUUAAAAGAAUUGAAGCUGAAAUGAAAGGUGAUGAAAUUGAAAUACAAAAUAGUAAUUUGAAUGAUUCAAAUGAAUCAUUUGAAGUGAAAGUUUUUGAAACAGAAAAAACUUAUAUGAUUACUAUAGACUUAAACUUUAAUUCUUUGAAUAUUUCUUCUUGCUCAAAAAAAGUUUCAAAAUUUAUUUCUGAAAACCUAAGCUUUAAAGAUUGGUUUAUUUCAAGUAAAGCAGUAUUUUUUGAAGCACUCAUUCGAUUAUUUAAAACCGAAGAUGUUUUAGGAAUUUUUGAAUUAUCUCAAUUUUGGGAUAUGAUUAACUUAGAAAGUUUUGGGGUAAAGUGGAAACCUGCUGUUAAUAUUAGCUUUACUACAAGUAAAAUGGUAAAUAAUUCAAAGUUUCAUAUUGUUAUUAUUAAAAACUCAAUAGAUAGUGAAAAAUGUUUGAUUAAAGAAUCAUGCUCGUCAUCCAUUUCCUCUUAUGGAACUUCUAUUCCCAGAUCUUUUUCAAAUAGUAUUAUAGUUUCAAAUAAAAAGCCUUUCAAUCUAUUAGGGGACUUCCAAUACAAAUCAGGAUUAAUUGUAGAUAAUCCCAUUUUACUUUCUUCAAGUGUUUAUGGGUUUAUUCCCCAUUCUGGUGACACUCCAAAUUGUGAUCAAAUUAAGAGUUUCUUAAAUAUGGUAAAUUCAAAUGGUUUCAGGGAUUUUCAUGAUCAAUUAUGUAUUGAGCUUUCUCUCUCACUAAGAUCUUUCCGAUGCAAUUUAAACUCUUCAAUAUAUAAUUCUCAUUUAUUAAGUUUUAAAAAUGAAGUGGAUUAUAGAUUUGAUGUUUUUAACAUUACCCAUAUAUGGAUAAUUGAGUUAUCUAUUAGAGAAGUGAUAUCUUUAUCGGAAUUUGUUGAUUACUUUAAAUCUUUAGUAAAUGAAUACAAUUAUAAUAAAAACUAUGCUCCCAAUAAAUGGUCAGAUAUCCACAAAUUUAUUGAAACCUCAAAAUAUUCUUCAAUAGAUCCAAUAGUCAUUCCAAUUUAUGUUGACUAUUUGCCUCUCAAUACAAAGUGUAAAUUAGUCCCAGUUUCACUAAUUAUGAAUGAUUACAAAGAUUAUCAUGUGGAAAUUUCGAAUUCGAAUUCUAAUUUCUGGAACUAUGAAUUGAGAUCUUUUUCAAAUAGUCAAACAAUAGCAGUAUUAUUUGAACUAAAAGAAACUAAAAUAGAUUCUUCAGGUAAAUGGGAAGAAAUGGUUAAAAAUCUCAGAACUUCUAUUGAUGGUAUUCUAAACAAACACAACCUUUCUUUGAAUGACAAGAUUAUCUGUUCUAAGUUCUUUGUAGUUGAUGAAUUUUACGACAUUAUCUGCCAAUCUCAAGAUCCAUUAAUUCGUGCUUCUUUCAUCUCUUCAGUAAAAAUACUAUUGAAUUAUUCAAUUCUACAAUAUCUACUUAUAGUUAGUUAUUAG